AUGCGUGGCCUCCUCGUUGCUUUUAUUCUCAUCGCCAGUCUGCUUCACUUCUGGCAGCCCCGCGAGCCGCAGCCUACGCAUCGCAGCAGCCACAGGAGACCGUCUCACGGCUCGCGCAAGCUGUGUCCGCAGCACCCUCCCUUCCAGCACAGGGUUGCCGCACCUGGCAAUCUCAAGCAGCCGUCGCGCCAAGAGCUCGCGCACCGUCUCUCUGGGGCGGUGCAGGUCGACACAUCCGUCUCAGACGAGUGGCCGCACGUCAAAGAUGACCCGGAGCGCUGGGCCCGCGUUUUCAGCCCCUUCCGGGCGUACCUGGAACGCACUUUCCCCACGAUCCAUGCUCCCGGCUCCAAAGUAUCGCGCACCCUCGUCAACGAGCACGGCCUGCUGUUCGAGUGGCCCGGCGCCGACCCGUCUCUCAAACCGCUUCUUCUCAUGGCACACCAGGAUGCGGUGCCUGUCGAGCCCACAACGAUAGACCAGUGGACGCAUCCUCCUUUCAGCGGAUACUACGACGAGCAGAAUGGGUUGAUUUGGGGGCGCGGCGCUGCUGAUACCAAAUCAACUAUUAUCUCCAUCCUCUCCUCCGUGCAAUCCCUUCUCGAAUCCGAUUUUACCCCGAAUCGAACGCUGGUCGUCUCCUUUGGCUUCGACGAGGAAGCUGCGGGCACCGAAGGUGCCCUGGCGCUCUCGACCUUCCUCGAGCACAAGUACGGACCGAACAGCAUGGCGAUGAUCGUUGAUGAAGGCGGAUCCGUCACCCCGGCCGAUACCAAGACUGGCUCUCCUGCCGUCGCAGGCCCUGCCGUCCGCGAAAAAGGAUACCUCGAUGUGAGCAUCAAGGUCAAGACCCCCGGCGGGCACAGCUCGGUACCGACGCCGCACACUUCUAUCGGCAUGCUCAGCGCGGUAAUUGUCGCGAUGGAGAAGCAGCCGCACAAGCCUGUGCUGCGCACGGACAGCCCAGCCUGGAACCAGCUCCUCUGCGCUGCGGAUGCAGGGAAUACCUCCCCCAAACUCACUCGCGCUAUUCAUGUCAUCCUCGAUGCGCAAGACGAGCUAGACGCUUUGUCUGCCACGCCUCGCAACGGCGGCGGCUGCCCUCAAAAGGCGAUGCACCGUGUCACAGCACUGCAAACACGGUUGAAAAAUGCAAAGAAACGCGUUUUGAAGCUAAUGGACCCGAUCGAGAGGGUGGCGUUCCAGACCACACAGGCUGUCGAUCUCAUCAAAGGCGGGGUGAAGAUCAACGCUUUGCCGGAGGAAGCGACCGCGGUCGUCAACAGCCGCAUCGAGCCUGGUACGCCUGUGCAAGAAAUCCGCGAGCGCACCGCACGCAUCGUCGCACCUGUUGCCCGACAGAUGGGCCUGAACCUCGAUGCCUGGGGCCAAGAGCGUCUGAGCUUCCGCCUAGACCCCACAAAGGCAAAGGGCACGAUCGUUCUCUCGGACGCGUUUGGAAGCGGACUAGAGCCGAGCCCGGCUACGCCACUCAACGGCGAGGAGGCCAAACCGUGGCGUCUGCUCAGCGGUGUUAUUCGCGCUACGUGGGACGCGUCUGACGCAGAUGCAUCGCAAUCGACUUCAGACGGCAUCACCGUUGUGCCGACGCUCAUGGUUGGCAACACGGACACAUCACGUUACUGGCGCCUCACGCGCCACAUUUUCCGCUUUUCUGCUGGCACACUCAAGCUUGAGCCAGAGGGCACAGGCGCCAAGACUCCAUUCGGCGGCAUUCAUACGGUUGAUGAGCGCGAACAGGACGACGCGCUCGCACAAGGCUGGCGCUUCUAUUCAGCCUUGAUUAGAGCUGCCAGCGAGGUCGAGCUGUAA